UUAUUUUCGAUAUCAAGAACCGUGACUUGACGUUUCGACGACAUUGACGAGCCUUCAGUUAGACUAGACUUGUUCCCCAUCUCAUUUAUGAAUAAAAUCCCUGGAAUUAUGGUGAAUUGUGGUGGUUUGGUGUAAUUUAAUUUACGAGCUAUUCUUACUUAGGUUUCCGUUUGUAUGUUUAUACCUGUGUGUAAGAAAGUAUGCCUUUGGCCAACACCUCGGAUCCCUGGCGCAUGCAGAAUGUUGGAGACAUUACGCGUGCAAGCUCCACCCAGACCAUCAAGAGUCUUCCAAUGGUGGUGGAGAAUCCAGAGUCCCGCCAGGCGUCUACAUCUACGACGGAGAGUGUCGAAUCUACAGGAGAGAAUAGCUAUGAGCAGGAGGUGGAGCUUCAGGAUGUCACAAAGGAAGGUCAUGAGAAAGCCGACCCCUCACAGUUUGAAUUGCUCAAAGUACUUGGUGAAGGUUCCUUUGGGAAAGUGUUUCUAGUGCGCAAAGUUGUGGGUGCCGAUGCAGGCACCCUGUACGCUAUGAAGGUCCUUAAAAAGGCCACUUUAAAAGUGAGAGACAGAGAGCGUACUAAAAUGGAGAGAAAUAUUUUAGUUGAAAUGGGUCAUCCAUUUAUAGUUAAAUUACAUUACGCUUUUCAAACUGCCGGUAAACUAUAUUUAAUAUUGGAUUUUCUACGUGGCGGCGACCUGUUCUCGCGACUUAGCAAAGAGGUCAUGUUUACUGAGGAGGAUGUAAAGUUUUACUUAGCCGAACUAGCUUUAGCGUUAGAACACGUUCACAAAUUGGGAAUCAUAUACAGGGAUCUCAAGCCAGAGAAUAUAUUAUUAGACGCCGAUGGUCACAUUGCACUCACAGACUUUGGCUUGUCGAAGCUGCCACCCAGUAGUGAUAAAGCUUAUAGUUUUUGUGGCACAGUGGAAUACAUGGCACCAGAAGUUGUUAAUAGAAAAGGGCAUUCAUUUGCUGCUGACUGGUGGUCUUUUGGAGUACUUAUGUUUGAAAUGCUUACUGGUAACCUGCCCUUCCAUGGUCCAACGAGACAUGAAACCAUGACUCAGAUAUUGAAAGCUAAACUUGGCAUGCCCUCCAAUUUGAGCGAAGAAGCGCAGUCGUUACUUCGUGCGUUAUUUAAGAGAAAUCCACAGAACAGGUUGGGCGCCGGACAUCACGACAUAGAAGACAUAAAGAGUCACGAGUUCUUUGCAAGUAUAGAUUGGGAUGCACUCUUGAAGAAAGAGGUGAUACCGCCGUUCAGGCCGGCUGUAUCCCGGGCAGAUGACGCAUUCUACUUCGACUCGGAGUUCACCUGCCGCACUCCCCGGGACUCCCCCGGCGUGCCUGCCUCUGCCAAUGCUCAUGAACUAUUUAGAGGAUUCAGUUUCGUGGCGCCAUGCCUGUUGAACGACGAUGAUAACAAGACGGUGGUGACCAGCCAGAGCCUCAGUCAGAACCACACACACGUCAUGCAGAAUAAUACCAAUACUUCCACUGAGGAUUUCUGGGCCGGAUUCGUCAAUAGAAACAAUUUCUUCGACGAGUACAGGUUGAUGGGUGAGCUGGGCACGGGAUCUUUCUCAGUAGUGCGCCUGUGCGAGCACAAAACGUCGAGGACACAAUACGCAGUCAAGAUCAUGGACAAAAUGCAGUAUGAUCCUCGAGAAGAAAUUGAAAUUCUAUUAAGGUACAGCCAGCACCCGCACAUCAUCACCCUCCGCGGCGUGUACUCUGAAGGCGGGCGCAUACUGGCGGUGACGGAGCUGUGCCGCGGCGGCGAGCUGCUGGAGUACAUCACGCAGCGCCGCAUGCUGCCGGAGCACGAGGCCGCGCCCAUACUACGCAACGUACUGCAGGCUGUGAACUAUCUGCAUACUCACAACGUCGUGCACAGAGAUAUAAAACCGUCAAACAUUUUGUUCGCGACGGCGGAAAAGCGCCCUGAAGACAUAAGACUAGUCGACUUCGGAUUAGCCAAGCAACUUCGAGCUGAAAACGGUCUACUGAUGACGCCGUGCUACACUGCCAACUUCGUCGCGCCAGAGGUGCUGAAGCGCGCGGGCUACGACGCUGCCUGUGAUAUAUGGAGCUUAGGAGUGUUAGCGUACAUUAUGUUGUCCGGGAGGACACCAUUUGCGUCUACGGGAGACGACACGCCUGAAGCUAUUUUGGAGAGAAUCGAGUCGGGAAAAGUGCAGCUGUCGUCGGGCGUGUGGCGCGGCGUGUCUGCGGCGGCCCGCGGCUGCGUGCGCUGCAUGCUGCAGCUGGAGCCGGCGCGCCGGCCGCGCGCCGCCGACCUGCUGCGGGAGCCGUGGCUCACCGCGCCGCCCGCCGCCGCGCCCGCGCCGCUGCCCGCGCUGGACGACGACACGCCCGAGCCCGCCGCCCUGAGGCGCGCCGUCGACCUCACCUUCCAGGCGAUGACUUCGUCGCCGAUGACGCCGCAAGUGCUUGGCCCGGUGUCGCAGUCGACCCUGGCGCAGCGCCGCAGCAAGCCGCAGCGGCGGUUCCCGCCCACACAACUUUAGGCGCUUCUCAGGUAUACGAACAAAGUUUAUCACUACGUCGAACACAAGAAAUGUGCAUGGAUCGUGAACAAAACGCGAAGUAAUUGAGACAAGGACUACGAAGGACAAGUUCAUCAAUCAAGAUAUAAAUACCUACGCAAUAAAAAAGUAACUAUUUACAAAUUUUUACAAAUAAAAUCUGUUGCAUACUCUACAUGCGCUUCAGUAGAAAUGUACUUUAGCAUUUUUAUGAACAAGUCCAUUACAUUUGAGACAUUCCAUUCCUCAAGCAUUAUUUUAUUAGUUCGUUUGAUGUUGUCUAUAGAGACUAUAUAAACAUGUAAUGUUGUUAUACCUACGUGAAAGUUGUCUUCCUGUGAAAUAUUAACAUUUUAAGCGAAUACAUAAUAUAUUUUUUUAUAGAUUUGUUACUUGCCCACCUAUUUUUACUUUACCUUUCAUAGUCUAUUCUGUGCCAUUAGAUUUUAAACCCUUCACUAUUAAUAAACACUUUAGAUCUAUUGAAUGUAAACUAUUUCUAAAUCUCCAUUUUUCAAUGAAAUAUAUUUUUAUUAGGAAUUUAAUAUAAUUUAUUUUUCUGUGAAAAGAUUAUUUUUAUUAUUUCUGUAUUAGCCCCAUAUCAAAUGAAGAUUUAUUUUAUGGUUUAUUUUUGUACCGAGAUGUUGUUUAUAUUUUUAUAAAACAGUAUCCAUUAGAGUUAAGAUAUAUAUCGAUAGCAAGUAAGUAAAUUGUUGAAACCUCGAGUUGGAUGCAUGAAUGAUUGUGGUCGGGUAAUCAGUAAUAGUAUUACUAUAUUCUGAGAAUGUGACAGCCACCUAUACUUAUGUCAAUGUAAUCAUCCAUAUCUGUCUUGAAUUAUCUCAUAUCAAGUGGGCCUAAUUCGCUCAGGAACGAAGUCACAAUUACUUUCUUUAAUGUAUUAUCAAUUCUUGAGUCUAUUAUUUUACCAGCAUGGUUAGGUAUUUAGAUAAUAAGAUAUACUGUCUAUUUUUGUUAAUUGUAUGCUUUAAAUUAUACUUAUAUUAGUCUACGUUAUUCAUUUAUUAUAAGUAGGUGUGCAUCUGUGUUAUUCAUUAAGUCAUUGGUAUUUACUACAUGUAUUUAGUGUCUCCUCUGCUUAUCUGGUGCCAUUCGCCUUGUUUAUGUAUAGUAAGCAACAUCCGCUAGUAACGACAACAACAAGUGAUCUCUGAUCUAGUAUUUGCUCUGCAUAAUUUCAUCAUGCAUAAUAUUGACAAAAGGUAUUUUAAUUAUAAUGGUACUUCUAUAAUAAUGGUGGAUGUGGUGGGUGGUGGCUCCAUACGAUAUAUUAACAAUAAUUAUACAUUUCGAUAUUUUUAUAAACAUGGUUUGGUUAUUCAGUUUGAAAUAAUAUGCCAAAGAUUGUAUUACUUUCUUAAACUAACACUUGUAUGAAGGAUCGUAAUAUUGUUAUUCACGAAUUCACUUCUUUAUUCUUGUUAUUUGCGGAUAAAUAUUUCCGAUAACUAAUGUGUAUCAACCGAAGGAAUUGAUUUUAAAAUAAUAAUAGGUAUAAAAAUACAAUGUGUUAAAUUGCUAGUGAUACGAGAAGUAUUUGUAGACAUAUACUCGCAAACUCGGCAUUUGAUCAUUUGAUGUAUAGAAAAUUAAAUAAUAAUAAUUUAAGUUUUAGGUCAAAGUACUUUUGAUCAUGAAAUUCAUAAAACAAUAUUAUUGCGAUUUUAAGUUUGUACACAUAUUUAAAAUGGCUGAAGGAUUUUUGAAAAGUUAUGUAAAUAUUUUGAUGUGUAUUUUUUUAAAUCAAUGACUCAAAAUCAAGGAUAGUACAAACAUUUUUAAAGUGUGGUAAUAAAUGGAAUUAAAUAAUGUCAUUUGAUGGUAAUUAAUGUGGAUAAAUUAGUAUUUAAGCUUAACGAUAAGAUUGGCGUAUUAAUAUUUUAAAAUUACCAAAAGUAGAGCUGUGAGCCAAAGUAGAAACACUGCUUUAAUCAGAGAGAAAAUAUAUUCGUAAUUUUUCAAUCAUUAAGUAAUACAUUACAAGUCAGACGUAAGAGUUAUUACCACUAUUACUACCUCAAAUUCUAACCAGUAGGAAUAUUUUUCAUCUUUACUACCAUUAUAUUGUAAUAAAGUACCUACUACCUACGAGUAUCAGAGGUAAAAGUCAGAAACAAAUAAGCUAUGUGCAAUUUUUAAGCCAGCAGUUAUAUGGCUAUUGCCCAUUGAGCAAGCAAGGCGUAUCAAAGGGUUAGGUAAAUGCUGUGGCUCGACUUUUACAAUUGUAACUUGUAAGUUUUGAUUUUCCAGGUUAGUUGACAUAAAAAUCAAACUGAAAACACGACAAACAAAUUGACGUUUGUUCGUUACAAACUAUAUUCAAGAGUUAUUUUAUUACCAUACAAAAAUAGCUGAUAGAAGUAUUAAAAAAAUACAGUACUAAUACUACUAUCGCAGCGCAGUGGUACUGAUAAAAUUGGUAGUAAUAAUGGGAAGGAAAUUCCCCGUAUUCUUACUAGUUGAAAUAUGUUAUAGUAACUGUGGGAAUAACUGCUCUGUAAAUAUUAAGCUCUAAUAAAUCUAGGCAAAAGGUGAUAAUGAUGCAUUAUACUGGACAUUUACAUUCAAAUGUCAAUCACAGUGAAAAGAGCUUCACUUAGCACUUGUUGAUUAAUUCUAAAUAUUGUAAUUGGCUCACUUCACACGACAGUAUGAGUACAGUUGGUUGAUAUUACGUAGUUUUUUCUACGACACGCUAUUUAGCUUCUAGAUGACCACUAAAUCUGUUAAAGUAUUGUGUAAUGUUAGCAAAUCCACAAUAUUUAAUUUUUAUUUAUUAAAAUUCAGAUUAAAUUUUGUGGUCUUGUGUGUUUAACUAUCACAACUAUCUAUUUUUCUAACUCUUAAAAUAAAUAUCUUAUUUCUACAAAGAUUACCUAUGUAUCCACUAAUGUUGAUCAUAUAAAACUCAUAUUCAUUUAGAUAUAUAUUGUUGACAUUGCUUAAA